UAUGUAAUUUUCUGAAUUUUAGUGGCAUGGGGUGAGGAAUUCUUGAAUGAAUCUUUGAUAUCUCCACAUUUCCCAGCUGCACACAGUCACCUGUCAAAGGGCAAUGGCUAGUGUAAGGAGCAAUGUUCUCCUUUCUGCGUCUCUAGAGGCAUUCCCAGCUCUAGUCACAUGGAGGCUACAAAGAUAGAAGUAUCUGCCUGUAUUAAUGUCCCCUUUUGUCCCUGCCUCCCUGACUGAACCCUAACUUUGCCUUUGACUGCCUAGGUGAUCCACCGCCUGCCCAUGCCCAACCUCAAAGACGAGCUGCAUUCCUCAGGCUGGAGCGCUGGCUGCGUCUGCUUUGACAAUAUCACAACAAAAAGGAACAAGCUGAUUCUCCCCUGUUUGAUUUCUUCCCGUAUUUACGUGGUGGAUGUGGGUUCACAGUGCCGGGCUCCCAAGCUCUGUAAGAUGAUUGAGCCAGUGGAUGUCUUCUGGAAGUGCAACAAGGGAUACCUCAGUGUACCUCAUAGCCUGCCUAAUGGUGAUAUACUGAUUGCCAACAUGGGAGAUCCAGCUGGCAAUGGAAAAGGAGGAUUUAUUGUGCUGGAUGGAGAGACCUUUGAGCUGAAAGGUAACUGGGAAAACGAGUGCGAGGCCCCCCCAACUGGCUAUGACUUCUGGUACCAGCCCCGCCACAACGUUCUCAUCAGCUCUGCCGGACUGGUUCCAAAACGUGCGGGGCGUGGAUUUAAUCCUGAUGAUUUGAAGAAAGGGGUCUUUGGGCGCCGCCUGAACGUGUGGAACUUGUCCUGCCGCACCCUGACCCAGUGCUUUGACCUGGGGGAGGACUCGUUGCCCUUGAGCGUUAAGUUCCUCCACAACCCCGAUGCUGCUGAGGGCUAUGUCAGCUGUGCCCUGAGUGGCAUCAUCUACCGCUUCUACAAGGCUUGUUGUGAGGCAAAUACCUGGUCAGUAGAGGAGGCGAUUCAGAUACCAGCCAAGGAGGUGUCGGGAUGGAUUCUCUGCAAGAUGCCAGCUUUCACAGCCGACAUGGUCAUCUCCUUGGAUGACAAAUACCUGUAUCUCAGCAACUGGCUGCACGGAGACAUCCGCCAGUAUGACAUCUCCAAAACCUGCAAGCCCAGGCUGGUGGGACAGGUGUUUGUGGGAGGCAGCAUCCUCAGAGGCGGGCCCGUGACUGUGUGUAGAGAUGAAGAGCUGAAGUGCCAGCCGGAGCCCUUGGUGAUCAAGUGCAAGAGGGUGUACGGUGGCCCUUGUAAGAUGCAGCUCAGCUUGGAUGGCAAGAGGCUGUACGUCACCAACUCCUUCUACAGCACGUGGGACAAGCAGUUCUACCCGAACGUGGUCAGGGAAGGCUCUGUCAUGCUGCAGAUUGAUGUGGACACUGAGAAAGGAGGCCUGACGGUGAACAAGAACUUCCUGGUGGAUUUCGGAAAGGAACCCAAUGGGCCUUGCCUUGCCCAUUCUAUCCGCUUCCCUUGUGGAGAUUCCACCUCCGACAUCUUGGCCUAGACGCCAUUGCCUAGACUCCCUUCUUCUCUCUAGUCUUCGGUGCAGCUGUUAAAACAGAGUGUAGGGUAAUUGGGUCUGGGGGUCCCCAUUCAUUGCUGGAAUCUAGGUUUCUGCUAAUGUGAGCUACAGCUCAGCUGUCCUGUUGGAGGCUUUGGUUCGGGCACACCAGUGGUGAGCACAGACACAUGGCAUGGUAUUCACCUUGUGGCACCGUGUGUCUGCCUUUGGUUUCAGUGCAAAGAAACCCCUGGGCACGCUUCACAGAGCAGGGUUAAGGGUGCUUGCUACUUAUCGUGUAGAGAUUUGCAGUAUGCACAGCACCAUUUCACAGAUGUCUGCAUACCCACCGUGCUGUUUGUCAUUGCUGAGGACCUGUUGGGCACCUUUCUUGCUGGCCCUAGCCUGAUAGCAAUUGCUGUGGCGUAGCAGGGCCUGGUGGGAAGUUGUUGAACUCUGUUAUGAUUCAGAGCUCAUUCACACUUGGAAAUGAAGGGCAAAGAAGGCAAACCAUCCAUUUUGUCCAAAUUGCUGUUCUUCAUCCAGGUCAUUCCUGGACAGUCUUUCCCUGGUGCAAGAGCACUUGAGGCUUGCUUGUGGCAUGCUUGGGUCAGUAUUGUAUUACAGCCAAAGGAGCGAGUAGUGCUUUAAUCUGAAAAGAGGUGCCUGAUUCCUGACACUGGUUUGCUCUUGUGUUCUGCUUUAAACACAAAUAAAAUUGUUCUUUGCAUCACCUA